UGUAUAUAUAAGGACGACAUCUGCUCGUCUUCCCAUACUCAUCUCAUAAUCACCAUCUACUGUAGCAUCUACAACUUAAAUACUAAUAUCUCCUCCUCAUCAACUCUGUAAUACACUUCGCCUUAAUAGUCACCUUCUCAAAUUCCAAACCUCAAACUUCCCCCUCAAAACUUUCAACCUCUGCCGAAAAUGCAGUUCUCCAAGCUCAUCCAGUUCCUCUCUCUCGCCGCCGCUUCUUCGGCUGUCACCGUCUCUUACGACACUGGCUACGAUGACCGCUCCCGCUCCCUCACAACCGUGUCUUGCUCCGACGGCCCCAACGGCCUGAUCACCCGCUACGGCUGGCAGACGCAGGGCAACAUCCCGAGCGCGUACAUCGGCGCCGCCUCGGCCAUCGCCGGCUGGAACUCCCCUUCGUGCGGCACCUGCUGGGAGCUAAGCUACAACGGCAAGACGAUCAACGUCUACGCCAUCGACCACGCCGGCGCGGGCUUCAACAUCGCCCUCGACGCCAUGAACGCCCUGACCAACGGCCAGGCCGUCGCCCUCGGCCGCGUCGACGCUGCCUCCCGCCAGGUCGACGUCAGCGCUUGCGGCAUCCACUAAAACACGGCAGAACAACGCAGCCCUGUCACCCCCCGUUAUUCAUUCAUGCCAUGCCUUUUUUAUCAUAUGAUAUGAUAUGAUAUAAUGUGAUAUGCAGGGAUUGGGAAAGCAAAAGAUUUUAUUUUUUUUCUUAAAAAAAAAAGAUGGAGUUAAUACGGAUUUCUGGGAACGCAUGAUGUUUUUUUUUUUUUUUUCUUAUUUGGUUGCGGAUUGGCGGGGUUUUAUUUAUCAUCAACUCACCUUUAUAUAAAGGCAUACACACUCCUACGACUAUGAAAGACUACGACUACCACGAACU